UUCUACCAUCCAGUUCCAUGCUUCAGCUUCUGCUUCGUUGCGCGCCUACGUUUCCUCCUUAUCUCUCUCUCUCUCUCUCAAACCCUAAACAACAACGCUUCUUCUGCUUGGGUCUCUGCGGAAUUCCCGCUGUGUUUUCCCAAACCACUAUUAUAUCCGUCCUUGUCUGCAUCUCUGUUUGGUUUAAUUUUCAUCACGUUUUUAUGGCUUCAGCUGCAGAUAUUAUGCGACAUUAGAUUGAACCAAUGGAUAUGUCAGAUGCAGUGAUAGUCAAAUCGACCCGAUUAAAAUCUGUUGUGUGGAAUGACUUCGAUAGGAUUAAAAAAGGCGAUACAUGUGUGGCUGUUUGUAGGCAUUGUAAGAAGAAACUCAGUGGAUCAAGUACUAGUGGGACAUCUCACUUGAGGAACCACUUGAUUAGGUGUCAGAGAAGAACCACUCAUGGCAUACCUCAGUUAUAUACAGCAAGAGAAAAGAAGAAGGAAGGAACUCUUGCCAUUACAAAUUAUAACUUUGAUCAAGAACAGAAAAAGGAUGAAGUCCUUAGCCUUGUCAAUUUCAGAUUCGAGCAAGACCAGAUGAAAGAUGAGGGCAUUACUUAUGUACAUAACAACUUUGAUCAAAGGCGAAGUAGAUUUGACCUUGCUCGCAUGAUCAUCCUGCAUGGUUAUUCAUUGGCUAUGGUUGAGAAUGUUGGAUUUAAAGUGUUUGUUAAGAAUCUACAGCCGAUGUUUGAGCUUGUCAGUUGCGAUAGGGUGGAGGCAGAUUGUAUGGAGAUCUACGUGAAAGAGAAACAAAAGGUGAGCGAGUUGUUGGAUAAAUUGCCAGGUAAAAUCAGUUUGAGCGCUGAUAAGUGGGUUUCUCCAGACAAUGCUGAAUACUUGUGCUUGACGGCACACUAUAUCGAUGAAUCUUGGCAGUUGCAUAAGAAGAUUCUAAGUUUUAUUGUGAUUGAUCCUUCUCAUACUGAAGACACACAUUCAGAAGUAAUCAUGACAUGUUUGAUGGAUUGGGAUAUUGACCGCAAACUGUUUUCCAUGACUUUUGAUAGUUGCCCUACCAAUGACAGCAUUGUCAUUAGAAUCAGUGAGCGGCUAUCUCAGAACAGAUUCCUGUACUGUAAUGGACGGUUAUUUGAUGUACGCUGUGCAGUUAAUCUAAUUUUUAUGAUGGUUCAAGAUGCAUUGGCUGCGGUAAAUGAGGUAGCUCAAAAGAUUCGGGAAAGCAUUAGGUACGUGAAAAGUACACUAACAGUGCAUGCAAAGUUUAAUGAGAUGGUUCAAGAAGCUGGAGUUCAAUCUCAGAAGUGCUUAUGCCUAGAUAAUCCGUUGCGAUGGGACUCAACAUCUACCAUGCUCGAAGCUGCCUUAGAGCACAGAGAGGCGUUUUCUCUUUUGCAAGAAAGAGAUCCCGUCUACACAAUGUCUCCUUCUGUUGUAGAGUGGGACAGAGUGAAUGCCAUUACUAGCUAUUUGAAGUUCUUUGUUGAAAUUACUAAUGCUUUUAUGAGGAACAAGCUGCCGACUGCGAAUCUGUAUUUUCCAGAUCUCUGUGAUGUAUAUCUGCAGUUGAAUGAUUGGUGCAAGAAUUUAGAUGAUUUCAUUAGUUCCUUGGCAGCGAGGAUGAGAAGCAAGUUUGAAGAGUAUUGGGAGAGAUGUAGCUUGAGUUUAGCAGUUGCAGCCAUGUUGGAUCCUCGCUUCAAGAUGAAACUGGUUGAGUAUUAUUACGCGCAGAUUUACGGCAGUGGUGCUCCCAACCGCAUCGAUGAUGUUUUUGAGUCGGUAAAGGCACUUUACAAUGAACACUCUAUUUGCUUAGCUUCUCUUGAUCAAGGCAUGGCUUGGCAAGAGGGUGGUACUUCUGGCUCCUUACCUAGUUCCGGAAGGGACUCGAGGGACAGGUUGAUGGGUUUCGACAAAUUUCUCCACGAAACUUCUCAGAGUGAAGGCACGAAAUCUGAUUUGGACAAGUACUUAGAGGAACCUCUGUUUCCUCGCAACGCCGAGUUCAGCAUACUCAAUUGGUGGAAAGUUCACACUCCAAGGUAUCCUAUCCUGUCUAUGAUGGCACGCAACGUAUUGGGAAUUCCCAUGUCAAAAGCUGCAUCAGAUUCGGCAUUUAGUACUGGAGGAAGAGUUCUUGAUCGUGAUUGGAGCAUGCUGAAUCCAAGCACUCUCCAAGCUUUGAUGUGUUCGCAGGACUGGAUAAGGAGUGAAUUGGAAAGUUGACAUCAUUUUGUUGGUCAUUUCUUUUUAGCUUAAUUUUCCUUUACUCUUUUCUGUUAAACCCAUUGCAUUACCAACUCUCAACAUCAGGAGCUGCUCUUUAGAUGCAAAUUUCGGAAGUUACAAUUUUUGUUCAUCUUACAGUAGAUGUAUGUUCCUCUCUGCAAAAACGCAGCACCUGAAUUGUUCAAAUUUUAGUCGGCAUGCUUCUCUGUCUUCACCGUGUCUUUCUUUUGGAAAAUAAAAAUGAAAAUUUUAUGCAUUUAUGUAGGAUAUUAUUCUGAAACAAAAAUGAACGUGGAAAUUAGGGAU